CCCCGCCGAGCCCCUAGUCGCAGUGGCCGCGGCGGCCGGGGAGGCAGCGGCGGCGGCGGCGCGGCGGCGACAUGGCCAUGAUCUCAGAGGAUGACUUUCACCACAGUGCAAACGCCACCUACAGACCUGCAGGCAGCAAUCUCCGAGCUGACCAGGAAGCGCUCCUUGGGAAGCUGCUAGACCGCCCGCCACCCGGCCUGCAGAGGCCCAAGGACCGCUUCAACGGUACCUACAUCAUCUUCUUCAGCUUGGGCAUUGGUGGCCUACUGCCGUGGAACUUCUUUGUCACUGCCAAGGAGUACUGGCUAUUCAAACUCCGCAACUGCUCCAGCCCAACCGCAGGGGAGGAAGCCACGGGUUCGGACAUCUUGAACUACUUUGAGAGCUACCUGACCGUUGCCUCCACCGUUUCCUCCGUGCUGUGCCUCAUGGCGAACUUCCUGCUCGUCAACAGGGUUCCGAUUCGUGUCCGUGUGCUGGCCUCAUUGACCGUCAUGCUGGCCAUCUUCUUGCUGAUGACCGCGCUAGUGAAGGUGGACACCUCAUCCUGGACCAGUGGCUUCUUUGCUGUCACCAUUGUCUGCAUGGCAAUCCUCAGCGGCACGUCCACCGUCUUCAGUAGCAGUGUCUUCGGCAUGACUGGCUCCUUCCCCAUGAGGAAUUCCCAGGCGCUGAUAUCGGGAGGAGCCAUGGGGGGCACCAUCAGUGCCGUGGCCCUGCUGGUGGACCUGGCCGCGUCCAGCGAGGUGACGGACAGCACUCUGGCCUUCUUCCUGACCGCUGACGUGUUCCUGGGGCUGUGCGUGGGGCUCUGCCUGCUGCUGCCGCGGCUGGACUACGCCAGGUUCUACCUGAGGCCUGUCUGGCCGGCCUGUGUGUUUCCCAGUGAAGAGCAGCCACCCCAGGACCACCCCAGUGCCCCUUCGGCAGCCCCUGGAUCCGGCGAGUCCUCGAUCCCGCCCCUCCGCCCCAUCCUGAAGAAGACAGCCGGCCUGGGCUUCUGUAUCAUCUACCUCUUCUUCAUCACCGGCCUUGUCUUCCCCGCCAUCUCCACCAACAUCGAGUCCCUGGACAAGGACUCGGGCUCGCCGUGGACUACCACGUUCUUCGUCCCCCUCACCACCUUCCUCCUGUUUAACUUCGCUGACUUGUGUGGCCGGCAGGUCACGGCCUGGAUUCAGGCGCCAGGGCCCAGAAGUAAGGUGCUGCCCGGGCUGGUGCUCCUCCGGACCUGUCUCAUCCCCCUGUUCGUGUUCUGCAACUACCAGCCCCGCGUCCACCUGCACACCGUGGUCUUCCGGUCCGACCUCUACCCGGUGUUCUUCACCUCCCUGCUGGGGCUCAGCAAUGGCUACCUCAGCGCCCUGGCCCUCAUGUACGGGCCCAAGAUCGUGCCCAGGGAGCUGGCCGAGGCCACGGGGGUGGUGAUGUCCUUUUACGUGUGCGUGGGCUUAGUACUCGGCUCGGCCUGCUCUGCCCUGCUCGUGCACCUCAUCUAAAAAGGGGCGAUGGCAAGAACUUUGGUGCCGUGUGACCCUCGGGAGCCUCAGGGAGAUGGGGAGCGGGGGCCGGGCCGGGCUGGGGCAGCGUGCAGGACAGAGCUGCAGCUGGGCUCGCCUAGCCCUUUUCUAGCUGCUGGUUACAUUCCAUCUUGUUUCAUAGCCU